AGUUUGUUAUUCGCGACCGCUAUUAUUAAAUAGCAGCAUCGUUCUAUUCUCCUUCGUGACGCAGCAUAUCAGAAAACUAAUUCAACAGCCAAAGGUUAUCAAUAUGGUUUUGAUAAUAGCCCUUGGAGUUUUAUUGUCAACAAUUUUAUUAUACUGUGCAUACUCAAAAUGGAAGUUCCAAUAUUGGGCACGACAAGGAGUUCCUCAAUUAAAUCCUCGCAUAUUUUUUGGAGACACUCUUCCUUUGGUUAGAGGCAAACCAGUCCAAGACUUCCACUUGGAUAUUUAUCAGAAGUUCAAACCCACUGGCGCCAAAUGCGUAGGAAUGUAUAAUUCACAUAUACCUGAGUUAGUGGCCAUUGAUAUCAAUUUGCUGAAAGAUAUCAUAGUGAAAGAUUAUUCAUCCUUUGCCUCACAUGGACUGUUCUAUCAUGAAAAGAAUGUACUCACACCUCACGUGUUUAAUAUUGAGGGACAAAUUUGGAAAGAGCGUCGAACGAAAUUGACUCCAUUAUUUACUUCCGCAAAAAUGAAACAAAUGUUUGCCACAGUGGCUGGUAAAAGCCCUGGACUGAUUCGACUCGUAGGCUUGUCAGUCGAUGCUAACAAACCUGCCGACAUAAAAGAAAUUCUUUCAAGAUUUACGACUGAUGUAAUUUCGGAGGCAGCAUUUGGACUUGAUUGCAAAUCUUUGGAUGAGCCGGAUAACAUGUUUCGAUCAAUUGGAAGGGAGGCUUUCAAGCCUAAUUCCAUCAAGUUAUAUAUAGAGAAUUUAUUCCCUAGCCAAUUCUUAGGCAAUAUUGGAUAUCAAGCAUUUUCAAGUCGCAUUGUGUCUUAUUUCUCAAAAGUUGUAAAUGAAACUAUCCAAUACAGAGAAAAGAAUAACGUUCAGCGAAAUGACUUCUUGCAGCUCAUGCUGCAGCUAAAGCAGCACGGAUCGCUCGUGAAAGAAGAUGGCACCGUUGACGUAAAAGUUUUGCCAAUUUCAGAAACGGGAGCAUAUAUCACCGACAAGGAAAUUCUUAGCGAAUCAUUCGUAAUAUUCCUGGCCGGACAUGAAACAUCUUCAAGUGCAUCCACUUUUGCUUUAUUUGCUCUUGCCCAAAAUCCAGAUAUCCAAGACAAACUCCGGACUGAAAUUAAUGAGGUAUUGAAAAGACACGAUGGAAAAUUCGGCUAUGACGCUAUCAUAGAGAUGGAGUAUCUUGACAAAGUAGUAAGAGAAACCCUACGUAAAUAUCCGGUUGCGCCAGUUAUUCCUAGGAGAUGCACUAAAGACUACAAAAUCAGAGACACGAAUAUAGUCAUUGAAAAAGGAACCAGAAUAUACAUUCCCGUAAUUGGAGUACAUCUAGAUCCUGAAUACUAUCCCGAUCCAGACCGAUUUGACCCUGAAAGAUUCAGUCCGGAAAACAAAGCCAUACGACCGGACAUUGCUUGGAUGCCAUUUGGUGAUGGACCUAGGCAAUGCUUAGGAAUGAGAUUUGGCUUGCUGCAAACCAAAGUUGCCUUAGCGUCUCUCUUGCAGGAAUUCAAAUUUACUUUAAACAAAGCUAUGAAGGCUCCAUAUACAGCAGAUACCGGUACCUUUGUGUACAUGUUCAAGCAGGAUGUGCUUUUAGACGCUACGAGAGUAAACUAGAAUAAACUAUAUAGUGCUAUUCGUUUAACUGCGGUCAUGGCCCAAAUUAAGAAUAUAGUGAGAAAACUUCAAAUUCAACUAAAGAACGGAUUUCCAAAUAUACAAGAAAGCAAUUUAAUAGCUCAAGCAACUAUUUUGGACCGGUGGAAAUAAUUCGAGUUUAUGGACAAGGGAGGAUACAAAUGAGGUGUUGAAAACUUAUAAACAGAAGCAGCUAACAGUACACCCCCUGAUGGAAAUGUAGAAAAUAAAAGAUGUGAUAAUCGUAUUCAAAGUGAAGUCGCACAAAUCGACCAAAAUAUUGCAUUUAAAAACAGUUUAUUUGAUGGUUUAUUGUUUGAGUUUUAUGCGGAAGUUUGACAACACUCAAAUCCGAGCAAUUCCACAGCAUUUAUUAGUCUAGAAAUAAAUCAAUAUUUAGA